AUGGGGAGAAUUAAGAAGGUGGCUAGCCGCAAGCAUGAGGCUACAAUCUCACCUUUUCUUGAAGAAUUUAUUGGGAAAUCAAUAAAUCUUCCUAUCCCAGAGCUUCCUGCACACCUGAGCUCGUUCCCCCGACUAUGGCCCUUUCCUCGCGGCGACCUUUAUCACUGGAUUACAGUUCUAGACCGCUUCGAUGAAAUCCUGGCCUCCGUCAUCGAAAAAUACUUCCUAAACACCGGCCCACAGACUAAAUCAUUCGGGAGGAGUGUCCUGGAGGAGUCAUAUGCUGCCGAUCCGAGCAAGAAACCGACGGAGGGCAUCGAUGCCAAACUGCAUAACCUUGGGUAUGGCCCGGAGGGAGACAAGGAGCUUGUGGAGGCGAUCUUGAAUUUCUCGCGCCUCCUACUCGAGAAAUGCGGCAACCGCAGCCUCUACAAUAGUAGCGAGCGACUAGGCGACCUUUUGAAUACCACAUCACUGUCUCUUCUCCAAUCCACCCUACGCCUGGCCCUAUGUCUAGCCCAAAGAUACCACUCCCGUCAAAGGGGUCAUCAACAGCAGACUAUGCUGGCCACACACUACAAUAUUGACUUGGAGAAACUGCAAAAGAUCGCUGCACCGUUCCCUCGCCCGUUUGUCACAAGUCAAACUCCAUUCGCCGAUUCUCCCGCUGUUGGCGCCAAAACCAAGGAAAAUACUCCCCCGACCUCGACUAAGUUGAAUGCGAAUGAGUUGGUUUCGCUUGUUCGCGAUGAAAAUGGCUGGGAAGAAUGGGGCAAUCUUCGCGUGCUUUACUACCCCACUGGCAACUCUGAACAGACGAGAACAACAUCCGACUUUGGGAAGGGCGAGCAAGAUUCCAACACUCCGUCCACGCCAACCCCGCUGCACCCCCGUCCCGCGCCUAAUACUGGCGGUGGUGGUGCUAAGACCGAAGAACAAUCUCGAAACGCCAAAAUCUUGGAUCUUACGCACUCCAAAAUCUCAUCAGCGAAAACGGAAGAUAUAAUCGCCGCGAAUGCGCCGAAUCUGCCCGUGGAAGCAAAGUACGAGCUUCUUCAUAAGCUCCGGGUGGCUCAAGCCUUGUCUGGAUCGCGGGAAACUCGCGAGCAGAUUCUGUCGAUUCGUAUCUUGGCCGUGACGAAUCUGGCCUAUGUCCAGACCGAGUCUGCAUUCCAACACAAGAUCCUGCAGUACGAUAUGGAACAGUCAAAACGCCUUCAAUUGACCUACCAACUUGCCGAGAUUGUUCACCUUGGCGCUAGUGGCGACCUUACGGUUUCGAGAACAUUGCAAACUUUGGCAAUCCAAGCACUUGAUGCCUUGGCGAAACACAAAUCUCGUGCUAUCGAUGUUUGUGCUGCUUUGAGCGUCAAUGUCAACCAUGGUGUGUUGAUGUUCCUUACUCGCAAAGUGGUUAAUGAAUUGGCCGCCGAAGAUGAUGGAACUGAUGAUUCUUUCCAUGAUGAAUGGCGGGAUGCACUGCUUGCUCUUCUGCGGACGCUUCCCAGUUCGAGCUCCCGCACACCAGAGACACUGGUCGCGGCGGGUUUGAUUCCGAUGUUUGUUGAUAUCCUCAACCUCCGCACGAGCAAAGUUCGCCGGGUUUACUCGCGAAUCAUGGAAUUCCUGGACACUUUUGUGCACGCCGUUCGCGAUGCUCUUGGUACACUCACGGCUGCCAAGGGCUUCGAUGCCAUCUCUGACCUGAUUGACUUUGAGACCAAGACGGCAUUUGAGAAUGUUUCUAGUGGAGCUGGGUUCCCGGACCAGUACAAGAAUCCCUCCAUCGAUUAUCAGAUCCCCUAUUUCCAGCAGCAAACCCUUCGGUGGAUGUUCCGCUUUGUCAACCACAUCAUGCAGCAUAAUGGUGGAGGUUUCGAUCGAGUCCUGCGCAACCUAAUCGACUCACCCCAAUUGCUGACCUCCUUGAGAUUGGUCUUUGAGAAUGCUCGGAUUUUCGGUUCCCAUGUCUGGAGCAAUGCUGUCAAUAUUCUUAGCAGUUUCAUCCACAAUGAGCCCACUAGUUAUGCGGUUAUUGCCGAAGCUGGACUUAGCAAGAGUUUGCUUGCGGCUGUGAUGGGGCGUGAGCUCCAGGCUGAGGAAAAGCCACCUGCCAUAGAACCCGAAGGUGCUGGCACCGAAGCUACGCCGUCAGAGCCUGCAGCCGUUGCUGAGCCUACUCCUACUCCGGCAGAGGUGAAAAAGGCAGCAGGCCGUGAGUAUGUUCUUGCGCGGCCCCGAAACACUCCUCUCGCCCCCGGAAUCAUCGCGGCUGCCGAUGCGCUGGCUUGUAUUCCCGCGGCGUUCGGAGCCAUUUGCCUGAACUCAUCUGGCUUGGAUCUAUUCCAGUCUUCCGACGCUCUCGAAAGCUUCUUCGAGAUCUUCGAGAACCCCGAACACAUCAAAUGUCUGAAAGAAGACCCCAAUUUGAUCCGUUCCCUUGGUACAACAUUCGACGAGCUUAUUCGUCAUCACCCUGCUUUGAAGACAUCAAUCAUGUCCGCCGUUAUUGUGAUGGCUGCUCGUGUCAAUAUUCUCGGUCGAGUUAAGGCCUGGGAGUUGGGUCUGGGUACAAAAUUAUGGACUCAGGAUUCAGAGGGCAAGUCUGUCCUUUCUGGAGAUAUCGCCUCUUUGUUCCGAGACAUCGGCGUGGCUGUCGAUGCGUCGGUAGAAAACCCCCGUUUCCUCGGUAUACAUUCUCUGAAUUCCGUGGCCCUGCCAAACGGUGGAAAGCUCAGUUAUGGUGCUCUAGAAAGCCUGCUUCCCUCGCCAGAUGCCAGCUUCGAACCCAAAGACUAUGAUGAGCAUGGUCUGACUCUCACGGACUAUAUAUUCCCUGCUAUUCGCUUCCUUGGUGCCUUUUUUGAAAACCAGCCGAAUUGCACAGCCUUCAUUCAGGCCGGAGGAUCGGAGUUUGUCCUUGACUAUGCUACCCUCCAGGGGAUGUCCUUCCACUUCCACGGUACAGAUGCCAACCAAGAGCUGACGGUCCUUGUCCACAUGCUCGCUGAGACCAAACCACACCUGAUCAUUCCUUCAUUGAUGGACCGCGCGCAGCUUGCAGUGAACAACCUUUCGGCCUUCUCAACAUCCCCCAACCCUUCUGGAUUUUUCACUGCCCUGGCGAAGCCCAAUGACUCAAAGGAGCCGGUCACAGAGCCCACACUCGCCACUCAGCAUGGCACAUUCUUCGCCAAGCAUCUGAAUGCUGUUUUGAUUCUAACGGAUCUUCUGCGUGAGGUUUUCGCCUUGCCGCUAUAUCAGACCCGAUCGGUUAACCAAACUGCCCCCUUCGCUCAAGUCAAUCUUGCGGAUCGCUAUUGUACAUUGGUUGCAUCUCUUGGCGAUCUCCAAGCAGCAUGUGUCUGGGAAGAAAUCAUGCUGGAAAAGAACAUACCCGAGAAAUGGGUGCAGUCAACUGGUGUUCCUACCGACCGUACCGACCGGAAUGCAAAGAACCCUCCACCUGCUCAGCAAGCCACGGAUUCUGCAACUGCAGCAUCGCGCGAAGGAACAGCAGUUGCCGAGAGCAGCAAGACUCCUGCCCCCGAAAACACCGCGGAGGAUGCCAAGGUAGACGAGGAGACCCCAGCUUUCAAGAAUGUCCAAGCCCUUCGAUAUCUGUUGAGUGGCCUACCAUCUUCUGUCACUGGCUUUUUCCACAAUCUUGGACUCAGUUUGAUUACCAAGAGACGACCUACUACCGAUCAAAAGGCGAAGCAGAAUGCCACGAUGGUUGCUGAUGCUAUUGCGGAGUCUGUUCUUCGACAGCUUCAGUUGGCUGCUGCAAACUCUUCUGACAGCCCGAGACACCGGUUCGCGUAUCUCAUUGUGACCCUUUCCUCGUUCUCGCAUCUUCUGUACGAGGUCUCCAAUGAGCGUCCCCAGUCAAACUAUUUGACCAUGGUCCUCGUGGCUUUCAAGCGACAAAAUGGUCUGAAUGUUCUCAAGGAGAUUAGCCAAAUGUUCAUGCGUGAAAUCGAGUCCCUCAAGCCUUCGGAAUAUGCCCCUUAUACCGAUAAGAAGGUGCCCGACGAGCUCACUUCUGCCUACGGUGGAAUCAAGAUUAUCCUUGCUCUAUUUUCGGAGCUCGCGGGAGGAAAGAGCAUCGUAGACUCCAGCCAGACCCAGGCCUUGACCAGUCACCAAGACCGUGAUCGUGGCAGUCCUGAUUACUUCCAACCAGGCCAAUUCAUCGUCGAUCUUCGCAUGCAGAUUCUACCCAUGGCCCAGGAGAUGUGGAAUUCCGAAUUCGCGACUCAGUCCGAAAGCUCGGUCAUCAAGUGCCUUGUUGAUAUCCUCCGGUCAUCUCUGGACGGAGAGUACGAGAACGGAGCUGCUCAUGAGUCGGAUACUCAGCCUCUUCUGACAGAGACGACUCGCCGUGCAUUUGUGGUCAGCAAAGAACGGGCUGCUUCUCUGGUUGAGAAGGGAUACAAUGACAAUGAAUUGAACAAGGAGGCCCUCUAUCGCUGCAACAAUGCGCUCGUCAACGCGGAAGAAUACUGCAAGGCACAGAACUGGCUUCGGGCUCCGCCAAGACUUCCUCCGGGCCCUAAUGAUAUUCAAACCGGUCAUUCUGACACUGCUUCUGGCGGGGAAGGUGCCGAUGAGCCUGUUGGCCCAGAUGGUACGCCGUUCAACGGUGGCGGUUUCCUUGAGCGAUCUGGUCUUGCGAUGCUUUUAGCCCAGGCUACAGGACGUCCUGUUGAUGACCCGAUGAACCCCGAGCAAGAAGACGGGCGGGAUAUGGAUCCUCUCAUGCGGGACGGCUUGGCUCGUGCGAUCCACAAUGUUCUCAACGACGAUGACAUGGCCACAGAUGACCAGGCUGAAUCUUCCAACCAAACUCGCGAUGCGCAGUCUCAUGACGAAAUGCCGCCCCUCGAACCGAUCAAUGCCCCUCCUCAGGCCCCUGCCGCAGCCUCGGCUGAAUCCGCUCCUCGCCGCCAACUAGUUACUGUCGAGUCUCUGGAUGUGGAACGGGAACAAAUUCGUUCAAACCUCAUCGAUCGCUGUCUGGACGUCUUGAAUGAGCACCAUGACGUUUCCUUCGAGCUCGCAGACCUUAUCUCUUCUGCCAUCAAGAAGCACCCCGAGCCUGAGAACUUCCGUCGCGAUAUUGGAGAGACUCUUGUUCAAUCCCUCGUCUCUCUGCAGAUGGAGAACUUCCAGACUGCUGGCAAGAAGAUUGCUGCUUAUGCACACAUUCUCGCCUUGGUCCUACAGGAUCGUGACAUGUAUACGGCAACUCUUGAGGAAUUGAAGGAUUGCUUCUCAACUUUCCUGGGCUUCGUCAAGCUCCCUGAAAAGGCCGACGACGAAAGGUUCCCAUGGGUUGGCCAUGUCCUGCUUAUUUUGGAGAAACUGUUGUCCGAUGACUGCAAGCCACCUGUUAUUACAUGGACUCCUCCAAACCCUGAAAACCCCAAGGCUGAUAACGAUGGCCCCGCUCGACUUGAAGAGCCUCUUGUCUCUCUUGAGGAAAAGACCAAGCUCUUUGAGGCUCUGGUGGAAAUUCUUCCUCGCGUGGGCAGAGAUGACACACUUGCUUUGUCUAUCUGCCGUGUCCUAGUCAUCCUUACCCGCCAGCGCAGCAUUGCCGCUCGUUUUGGCGAAAAGCGAAACCUUCAGCGCCUCUUCGUCAUGGUUAAGCAGUUGGCCAGUGCGACAAAUGACAAGCUUCAAAGCUCCUUCAUGCUCAUUCUGCGACACAUUGUUGAAGACGAGGCUACGAUCCGCCAAAUCAUGCGCGCUGAGAUCGUUGCUAACUUCGAGUCUAAGACUACUCGCCAGAUCGACACCACCGGCUACGUUCGACAACUGUACCACCUCGUCCUCAGGGCGCCCGAAAUAUUUGUCGAAGUCACCAAUGAGAAACUGAGACUCCUUCGCUAUGAUAGCUCGCAGCGGCCGCAAGUUCUUGGGUUGAAGGCUGAUAAAGACCGCACCGCUCGUCUUCGCCAGGGCAAGGGCCUCGAAGAUGACAAGACUGAGCCCGCAGGUGAAGCAUCGGCUUCGACAGCCGCUCCGGCACAAGCAUCCGAAUCGGACGAUAAGGACAAGGACAGCAAGAACCAAACCAAGACGACUGAGCUCAAACCACCUGUGGUCGAGAACCCAGAUGGUGUGAUCCAUUAUCUCCUGUCCGAAAUUCUGUCAUACAAGGAUGUGGAUGAUAAGGAAUCCACCGAGCCGGUUGAACAGUCUGCUGCUGAGCAGGCCGAUCCUCAAACCGAUGUCGAGAUGGGUAAUGAUGAGCCAACGCCUUCUAUUGCGAGUAGCGCUGCCGAUUCUCAGCCCAACCGCGCCGCCAACUCCGCCCCGGCCACGAAGAAGGGUGAAAAGCCGACUUUCAAGGCAGAGGACCACCCCAUCUACAUUUACCGUUGCUUCCUGCUCCAAUGUCUGACGGAGCUUCUAUCCUCCUACAACCGGACUAAGGUUGAGUUCAUCAAUUUCUCCCGGAAGGCCGAUCCUCUGGCCACAACUCCCUCGAAGCCGCGUUCUGGAAUUCUCAACUACUUGUUGAACGUGCUUGUCCCCAUCGGAACUAUGGAGCAUGAUGAGUCGCUGUCAUUCAAGAAGCGCAGCAUCACUUCUAGCUGGACGAUGCAAGUUCUCGUUGCUCUUUGCACCAAGACCGGCGAGUUCGGCGGCGUCGGCCGUCGUCGAAACGAACACAAGCGCAACGAAGAAGAUGAGCCCGAGCUUGCUUUUGUCCGCCGUUUCGUUCUAGAGCACGCUCUUCGAUCUUACAAGGAUGCCAAUGCUUCCACUGAGCCCUUGGAUGCCAAAUAUUCCAAGUUGAUGUCUCUUGCCGAUCUUUUCGAUAAGAUGCUUAGCGGUUACUCUUACUCUCAGGAUGCAGGAUUCCCGUCUUCGACAAGACAACUCGCGAAGACAAUGUUCGAGAAGCACUUCAUUCCUGCUCUGACCGCCUCUGUCGCUGAAAUCGAUUUGAAUUUCCCCUCAUCCAAGCGUGUCAUAAAUGAGACCUCCGACAUCUCUAACCUCGGCGAAGCUGAUGAUGAUGAAAUUUCUUCGGCAACAUCUGUUUCUGACAUGGAGGACGAGCGUGAAGAAACUCCUGAUCUCUUCCGACACUCUACUCUCGGCAUGCUCGAACCCCGUCAUGAGGAAGAGACCAGCUCAGAAGAAUCCGAGGGCGAGGACGAUGAGAUGUAUGAUGAUGAGUAUGAUGAAGAAAUGGAAUACGACGAGGACAUGCCCGAAGACGAUGGUGAGGUUGUCAGCGACGAUGAGGAUGGCGUGGGUCCCAUUGAAGGUCUUUCUGGUGAUGCCGUUGAGGUCAUUAUCGAUGAAGAUGAUGAAGAUGAUGACGACGACGAGGAUGAUGAUGAGGACGACCAUUCGGACAUGGAGGAAGAUGAGAUGUUCGCGGACGAAAUCACCGGUGAUCACGAUAACGACAGCCUCGCAGAUGGCGAAGAUGACGAGUGGGAAAGCGAAGAGAUGACUGAAGACGAAGAAGAAGCCGAGAUGAUGAACCAAUUCGAAGACGAAAUGGCCGAUAUGCGCCAGUCUAACCGUCAAACCGAUGGUCACCAUCGCAUCAAUGAUCUAUUCCGUGCUCUGAACGAAGCCGCCGGAGGGGUCGAUGAUCUCCACGGUGAAGGCCUAGGAGGAGAUAUCCACGAUGAAAUUCUUGAUGAAUUGAACGAGGACGGAGAAGACGACGACGAAAUGGACGAACUCGAAGAAGAAGGCGACGAUUAUGACGACUACGAGAUGGACCAGGGAUCUGAAGGCGACAUGGAAGAUGAUGAUCUCCUUGAGCCAUGGGGCUGGGAGGGUGAUGAACUGCCACCCCCUCGUGGCCACCAUAACCACCGCUUCCGUGGUGGACCUGGUCCCGCUUGGGCAACUGUCACCGAAAUCAUGCCCGGUCGCAAUGGCGGCUUGGUACCAAUUCAACCCUACCACCGUGUCCACCGAGGCCAAAUGCCUGGAGGCCGAGGCAACGAUGAUGGCACUAACCCUCUGCUAAUGCGCAAUGACCGCGGUGAUGCUAAUCCCCAGCUCCGCGGACAAGGCCCCGAAGGCUUCUCUGACUGGCCUGCUCUUGAUGCGCAGGGUGGCCAGGGCCGUCUCAUGCCUAUGGACAGUCCUAUGAGCUUCAUGAACGCCAUCAUGCAAGCUAUUGGUGGCCAAGCUCAGCCUGGCGUUGGAGUUGUUACUCGACCGGAUGGCAUCCACAUUCACGUCGACCGCAGCACCGUUCUCCCUACCAACCGUCUCAAUGAUAUGUUCGGCCUCAGUCGAGGACAGGGAGCCAACCCCCCUCGUGGUCGCGAUGACCCCCACCACGCCGUGAAGUUUUCCUUGUGUACGACCAAGAACCGCUGGCAAGAGGAAGCUCGCAUUCUCUACAGUGGUACCUAUGUCGAGAAGUGCCAACGUAUUGUCAACUCCCUUCUGAAGGGCUUGGUCCCCCCUGCCCUUGAAGAAGAAGAGCAACGCCAGAAGGUGGCCGAAGAAGAGCGCAAGAAGGCGCAAGAAGAACGGGCCGAGAAGGAACGUCAAGAGCGAAUUGCGCGCGAAGCAGAAGAGCGUGAGCGCAAGCGCCAGGAGGAAGAAGAAAAUGCUCGACGACAGGCUGAGCAAGAGCAAGAAGAAGCCGAACGACAGGCUGCCGGCGGUGAUGAGCCGAUGGAAGACGUCCAAGAGACAGAGUCUGCGACCGAAGAAACGGCGACUUUGCCUGAGUCUGCUCCUGCCGAGCCUGUUGAACGAGUCCACACCACCAUUCGGGGCCGCCAGCUUGAUAUCACUGGUCUGGAAAUCGAUCCUGAGUACCUCGAGGCGCUUCCGGAGGAACUCCGCGAAGAAGUCAUCAUGCAGCAGCUCGCUGAGCAACGAUCCCAGGCUGCUGCUGCGGGCGAAGAGCCAACCGAGAUCAACUCGGAAUUUCUGGAAGCUCUGCCUGCUGAGAUCCGUGAAGAACUGUUGCAACAAGAAGCCGCUGAUCGACGCCGACGGGAACGAGAUAGCGCCCGACGACAAGCCAAUGCUGGCAAUCCCCCCCCACGGGCCGAAGAUAUGGAUGCUGCCAGCUUCCUAGCCACUUUAGACCCUUCGUUGCGCCAGGCCGUUCUCGCCGAUCAACCCGAGGAAGUUCUCGCUACAUUAGGCCCUGAGUAUCUGUCGGAGGCACGAACUCUGGGUGGUCGACGUAUGGCGCAGUUUGGCGAUGUUUCCGGAAUUCCGGGCAUGGAGCCUCGUCAACGGGGUGAGGCCGCUGAAGGUCAAGAGCCCAAGAAGCAGCAGCGUCGUCAAAUCGUUCAAAUGCUUGAUAAGGCUGGCGUUGCCACACUCCUUCGUCUAAUGUUCAUGCCGCUGCAGGGCAAUGCCCGCCACCAAUUGAAUGACAUUCUCCACAAUGUCUGUGAGAAUCGCCAGAACAGAAGCGAGGUUAUCAGUCUCCUUCUGUCUGUUCUGCAAGACGGUAGCGUGGAUUCAUCUGCAAUUGAACGCAGCUUCUCCCACCUUUCUUUGCGUGCCAAGGCCCCUGGUGUGCAAAAGACUCCUCAAUCCACCAAACGCAACCCCACCAUUCAGUCUUCCUCCAGCGUCAGCACUGAUGUGACUCCUAUCAUGGUGGUUCAGCAGUGCCUGGGAACACUGUCUUUCCUUUCGCAGUUCAAUCCUCACGUCGCUUGGUUCUUCCUGACCGAGCAUGAUUCUGCCUCUUCGCUCAAACUCAAGGCAUUGCGAAAGGGCAAGGGCAAGGAGAACCGUUCUAACAAGUUCGCUCUGAACGCUCUCCUUUCGCUCUUGGAUCGGAAAUUGAUCAUGGACAGCCCCAAUUGCAUGGAGCAGUUGUCUGCUCUUUUGAGCAGUAUCACCCAGCCACUUACUGUUCUCCUCCGUCGUGAGAAGGAGAAGCAAGAAGAGGAGAAGGAGAAGGGCAAGGAGCCCGAAGGAACUCAAACCGAUGAGUCCGUCGAGCAGCCUGCUGACUCGGCAUCGGUUGUUGAUACCGCCAUGACAGAUGCCCCCGUGCCUACAGUUGAGUCUGCUGAAGAUCAAGGUACUACUCAGACCACCGAGGGUGACGAUGUGAAACCCGCCGAGAAGGAUGGCUCGAAGUCUGGCGAAGAGGAAAAGCGCAAGCGCAAAUCCAUUGAGCCUCCUGUCGUCCCCAAUCACAACUUCCGACUGGUGGUUCACAUUCUUGCCGCUCGUGAAUGCAAUGGCAAGACCUUCCGUGACACUCUCUCAACUAUCAACAAUCUGUCUGCGAUCCCCGGAGCUCGUGAUGUUAUUGGCAAUGAACUCGUUGGGCAAGCACAGACCCUGAGUGAUACGAUUCUGGCGGACUUGGAAGACCUUCUCCCUCAUAUCCACCAAGCCAAGACCGGCACAGACAUGCAAGCCAAAUUGCUGCGUAUCCUUACUGCGCUCGAUUACCUCUUCGAUCCUACUCGUGUGGACAAGUCCAAGGGCACUGAGCCUGAAGCCGCACCCAAGGAGGAUGUCCUCAAGAGGCUGUAUGAAAGUGCUACUUUCGGACCUCUGUGGACUAAGUUGAGUGACUGCCUUUCUCUCAUUCGCCAGAAGGAGAAUAUGCUUAACGUGGCUACUAUUCUUCUGCCCCUGAUCGAGGCGUUGAUGGUUGUUUGCAAAAACACCGCUCUCAAGGACCAACCGAUUAACCGCAACAGUCGCGAGGCAUCUGUUAACAGUGCUCCCGAUGUUGGUCCUGGCAUGGAAAACCUCUUCUUCAAAUUCACUGAAGAACACCGCAAGAUUCUCAACGAGCUUGUCCGCUCUAACCCUCGAUUGAUGAGUGGCACGUUCUCUCUGCUGGUCAAGAACCCCAAGGUCCUGGAGUUUGACAACAAGCGCAAUUACUUCACUCGUCGUGUGCACUCUCGUGGCUCUGAGCCUCGUCACCCCCACCCUCCCCUUCAACUCUCUGUCCGUCGCGACCAGGUCUUCCUUGAUUCGUUCAAGUCGCUCUACUUCAAGACCGCGGACGAGCUUAAGUACGGCAAGCUCAACGUGCGUUUCCACGGCGAAGAAGGUGUGGAUGCUGGUGGUGUGACUCGAGAAUGGUUCCAGGUCCUUGCUCGGGGAAUGUUCAACGCUAAUUACGCUCUGUUCACCCCCGUUGCUGCUGAUCGAACCACAUUCCACCCUAACCGCCUCAGUGGCGUUAACUCGGAGCAUCUUCUGUUCUUCCGAUUCAUUGGGCGGAUCAUCGGUAAGGCUCUCUACGAGGGCCGGGUUUUGGACUGCCAUUUCUCGCGCGCUGUUUAUAAGAAGAUCCUCGGCCGAGCUGUUUCUAUAAAGGAUAUGGAAUCUCUGGAUCUGGACUACUACAAGUCUCUGCUCUGGAUGUUGGAGAACGACAUCACCGACAUCAUCACCGAGACCUUCGCCAUCGAAACCGACGACUUUGGCGAGAAGCAAGUGAUCGACCUGAUCGAGAACGGUCGCAACAUCCCCGUCACCCAGGAGAACAAGGAGCACUACGUCCAACGCGUUGUAGAGUACCGUCUCGUCGAGUCUGUCAAGGAGCAGAUCGACAAUUUCCUGACCGGAUUCCACGAGAUCAUCCCGCCAGACCUGAUCUCCAUCUUCAACGAGCAAGAACUGGAACUGCUCAUCUCGGGUCUUCCUGAAAUCGAUGUGGAUGAAUGGAAGAAUAACACCGAUUACCACAACUACUCUGCCUCUUCGUCUCAGAUCCAGUGGUUCUGGCGUGCGGUCCGCUCCUUCGAUAAGGAGGAACGCGCUAAGUUACUCCAGUUUGUCACGGGUACUAGCAAGGUCCCUCUCAAUGGCUUCAAGGAGCUGGAGGGUAUGAACGGUGUCAGCAAGUUCAAUAUCCACCGCGACUAUGGCACCAAGGAUCGCCUUCCUAGCGCGCACACAUGUUUCAACCAGCUUGAUCUUCCCGAGUAUGAGAGUUAUGAAGAUCUCCGUCAACGGCUGUACACAGCCGUGACGGCUGGUAGCGAGUACUUCGGUUUCGCAUAG